GGAUUCUGAAGUGGGACCUCAGGAAGACGGCAGCAAAGCCUACAUUAUCUUUGGACAUGCAUCGAUCGGCUGUUUGGGAAGCAGCAUGGUUCCCAAGCCUGGCAAGAUGCACUUGAAGUUGAACGAAGGCGGUUGCUGCCACCCUUCAAAUGAGAGUUGGUGGCAGCCACAAUUGCGGAGAUUGUGCGCGGGAGUGAAAGCGCCAGCUUGGAGGAGUAAAGGUUCUGAAAGAAACAGCUACAUUCCCACCACAUCCACCUCAACUUUGUCAAUCCAAUAGCAGAAGCGAACUUGAGGCAUGCUCUCCAACGCACCAGGUGUAUCAAACACUUUGAUUAGUUGAAUAGUCAGGCGAUGUAUCGCCAAGUGAAGGAAGAGCUUGAGAAGGAUGAUGUACAGGGUUGUAAGAAUGCUGUGGGAACAGGCGUAGCACCUGACAAGUCAAAUGCUGGCGCUGGACCGAACCAUGAUGGGACAGGGACAGCCCAACAUGGCUGUGCCUCUGAAGAAACGAAGACCAGUGCCACAUCUCCAAAGGGCCGCCUGCAACCGAUUAUCGCAGCCACUCAAGCAGUCCGACUGACGUUCUCCCAAUUCUUUGUGAGCUGGAGCGGGGUCUUAACGGUGGUUUUCACUGGUCUGCCUCCGGAGCUGUUGCAGAUGAAGGCCCAGAUCGACCAAGAGCUGCCAUACCUUCAAACUCUCAAGCCGGAAAACCCUGGGAGCAAGUGGCCGAAGGUGUCCCUAGCAGCGCUCAGGGAUGGGAAGCGGCUGUCGUUUGAGCAGCUCCUGAAACUGAAGAGGAUCUGCCGUGACUCGAGCAAGGCGCUUGCAAAUGAGCGGCAGCUUUUGGUGGACAAGUUGUCAGUGGUGCUUUUUGCGAGUUGCUCUUUAGAAGAAACACUGUCGAUCUCGAAUGUACCCCUGCUGCUACCCUCCUCCGAUUCUACCCCCACUGACGUGGAGCUGCGCAACGUGGAGAAGGUCAUGGACGAGUUUGCCUUGGAUCGCCUGGAGCAAUACUGGUUUUACGCUUCAAAAGAUGGCAACAGCAUCUCGCACUACAGGAAUCCGAAGUUAGGAGCGACUCUUGUGCAUUUCCUGCAAGAUUUUCCUCAACCUUUGCGAGCAUUUCGCGCGGCGGUUGAUGCGGAGUUGCCGGACAUGUAUGACUGGUUUCGAGAGAGUGCACUCCAUGUAACAAUCCGAGCUCUUAGCUGACAGCGCGCUUGAGCAUACUUGAUAUCUCUUCCGGUUAUCUUCUGCCAAGAGCUGAUAUAUGUGCUGUGCUCCUCCACCAAGAGCGAGAAGAGCUUUCCGAUUUGUAGAGAUGAUUUGAUCAAUUGUACUUUAUAGUAUGUUUCGACCACCUGACGUGAUCCUUGAAUUCCAGAUGUUGUAUCCAGAAAUGAAAUUGACUGAAUAGUUAAGAGGACUCAGUCCCUUUCAUAUACAAUGAUUUUUUCCACUUUAAC